ACUCGACAGAUGAAAGCUCUCUUAAAGCAUCUCAAAAUAUUCCCGCCAAAGAUGACGCUGGCAAUGCGUUUUCAGACAUUUGUGCUGCUGCUGCUGUACGCCAGCACAAUACCGGAGACCGUUUUCUGUGAGCUUCCGUUCGGCAGCGUGAUCAAAUCACUGGAGCAGUACGAGUACGAAUGUUUCCCGGCAUCGGCAAAAGAAAACCUAACGCCACGGUUUGCGUCCUCCAAUCUGAACGACUCGAUCUCGCUGCAGGUGUCGCACCGCUACACGCACCAGAUUUUGUCACGCAUUUACGCGAUCUUUCUACGCGAGGUGCUUGGAUAUCGGCAUGUAAGGCUGAUCGAAAUUCAGGAUGAACUUCCCUUGACGGAAACCGAACGGAUGCGGCAGUUCUGCACCAUGGAGCAUCUAUCAAGCCCUGGAAAUCAAUGGCCAACACCCACGAUCGAUCUAGAGGUGUGGUUACUGUCGGACUACCAUUACAUCCCGGACGACAUACGGGAAGCGGGGGCUCUUACGAACCCGGGCCGAUUCGGUCUCUUCAUUCCGAAAGCGCUCAUCCGCAAAGAGGAUGCCCUUCCCAAACCGCUCAUCUACACAAUGUUCCAGGAGGAUCAGAACGAUCACCGGUACUACGAUCUCAUCAAGAAGUUUGACAUCCCCGAGACCGUGCUCAGUUUGAUCUACCGGUACGCCGAGCACAAGUGUGGCAACGACUGUGACGAGUACGGUAUGUACAUUCCCAGCCACUGUACCGAGGGUCGCAAGUGUGCCCUGGUGCUGGCUCCACACUACGACGACACCCAUUUCAUCGUGAAGCACAUCCUGGAGAUGGACUUCCAGCUGAAGGUGAUCUGGUUGGGCGAUAAACUGCGGCUCGCGAUACGUCGGCUGAUGGAGGUGUACCGGACGGAUCGGAAGAAUGCAAAGAAAUUCCUCGUGUUCCACUGGACACCGUCGGAGGUGAUCAGCAGGCGGACGGAGGAGUACGUUCCGGUCAUGAUGCCACGGUGCGAAGAUAUGAUUGCUAGCAAUGAUACCGGGUGCAAGUACGAGAUGACGCCGCUGCUCAAGUACUACGGCAAGAAGUUCGAGGAAGCGGACUACGCCUUCAAUUCGCUCCUGAUGCUCCAUUUCAAGGAUGAGCACAUGCAGCAAAUGUUCGACCUGUACGAUAGGUACGAGGACCGGAUCUUGCGAGCCCGCGAAGAAGCUGACGCCGACCAGUUGGGGGUGACCAGGUACUACGAUCAAAUAGCGUGCGAUUGGGUGCUGGCCCAGCAGCAGGUUUGGGUAGGGUGGAAACCACCGACACCGCAGGAAGAGGUGUUUGUCGGUGGUAUUUUUCCGCUGUCGGGGAUGGGCCUGACGUACCUGGGUAUCGCACCGGCCGCACUGAUGGCUCAAGGGGACAUCAACCAGAACCACACCAUACUCGCAAACUACCGGCUGACGGUGCAGCAGAACGACGGCCAAUGUCGGGCGGACACGGUUAUGAAAUCAUUCAUCAGCUACUACAUCCAGCAGCGACGGAUGAUCGGUAUCUUGGGUCCUGCCUGUAGCGAAACGGUCGAACCUAUUGCCGGUGUGUCGAAACAUUUCCGUAUGGCGGUCAUCUCCUACUCGGCCGAAGGAGCGUUUUUGUCCGAUCGCGAAAAGUAUCCGUACUUCUUCCGAACGAUUGGAGAAAACCGCCAGUACGAGCACGUGUACGCGCAGUUACUACCCCGCCUCAACUGGCAUCGGGUUGCCGCACUGACGGAGGACGGCCAGAAGGCGACCGAGUACAUCUCGUACAUGGAAACACUGCUGAAGGAAAACUCCAUAGAACUGAUAUCGAACAAGAAAUUUCCACGCACGGAUCGUACGGAUAACGAAAUGAAUCGAUAUUUGUCCGAUUUAAAGUCAAAGAAUGCUAAAAUCAUCAUCGCCGAUGUGGACGAUAAGGUGGCCCAGGUGAUAAUGUGCGAGGCGUACAAAUUGGAGAUGACAGCCGAAAAUGGUUACAUCUGGUUCCUGCCCAUCUGGCUGUCCAACGUGUGGAACCUGAGCGCGGAGGUGCACGGAGCGCCCGGCGAGAAUGGCGGUGGCGGUGUACCACCAAGCAAUAAUACCCGCGGAUGCACCAACAGUGAUCUACUGCGUGCCAUGAACGGUCAUUUCUCGCUAUCGCAUGCACCUUACGCCGACGAUGACAGUCGGCUGGAUGUGGACGGUUCAACGGUACGCGAGUGGAAGCAAAAGUAUACGCAGAAUCUGUCCAUGAUGGGAUACACCGCGUCAGAUUACGCCGGUUACGCGUACGAUGCUGUCUGGGUGUAUGCCCUCGCCUUCGAUCGACUUCUGCGCGAAGAUCCAUCUUACAUCAGCAAUCUACACUCGGCGCAUACCACGAAGCGGCUGAUGCAGCUGAUCCGGGCGACCGAUUUCCAGGGCGUAUCGGGUAGAAUCCGGUUUAACGAGGCUGGCUCACGGUACACGAUAAUCAAUGUGUUGCAGUUCGUGAAUGGGACGGCAAACAUCGUCGGACACUUUACGCCCAACAUAUCCGCCGAAUAUCAGCUGACUGGGGGCGAGCUAACGCUGAACGAGUCCGCCAUCCUGUGGAUGACGCGGGAUGGCCGAGCCCCGGACGAUGGUGCAAUCGUGUGUGCGUUCGAAAGUUUCGUACGCAUCUUCGGUAUCGACUGUGACAAUGUGACGCUGAUCGUCAUCUCAAUGGUGUCGAUAAUCAGCAUCUUGAUCCUCUCGGUAGCGUCAUUCCUCUUCUGGAAGGAACGGUACGACCGGAAGAUGAAGACGUCUGCCAAGUACCUGCAGAAGCUCGGUAUCGAUUUGCUGUCGCCGUCGGCCAUACCGUUCAAUACGCUUGACAAGUGGGAAAUUCCGAAGGAUCGUGUCGUGAUCAACCGACGGUUGGGCGAGGGAGCGUUCGGCACGGUGUACGGUGGGGAGGCACAGAUCGAAGACGAAGGCUGGACAGCGGUUGCCGUGAAGACGCUCAAGGUGGGAUCUACCACAGAGGAUAAGGUUGAUUUCCUGUCUGAGGCGGAAGCGAUGAAGCGCUUUGACCACAACAACAUCGUCCGGUUACUGGGGGUCUGUCUGCAAUCGGAACCGGUCUACACGAUCAUGGAGUUUAUGCUGUACGGUGAUCUGAAGACGUAUCUGCUAGCCCGUCGACAUCUGGUAAACAGCAAGCAGUCGGAAGACUCGGACAUCUCCAACAAACGGCUCACGAUGAUGGCGCUGGAUGUGUCGAGGGCACUGUCGUAUCUGGCCGAGCAGAAGUACGUCCAUCGGGAUGUAGCCUGUCGGAAUUGUAUGGUUAAUGCGCAGCGUGUCGUCAAGCUGGGUGACUUCGGUAUGGCGCGACCAACGUUCGAGAACGAUUACUAUCGGUUCAACCGGAAGGGAAUGUUACCGGUCAGAUGGAUGGCGCCGGAAUCGCUAGCAUUGGGUUUCUUUACACCCGCCUCAGACGUGUGGUCGUACGGUGUGCUGCUGUACGAGAUAAUCACGUUCGGCUCGUUCCCCUUCCAGGGUCUUACCAACAAUCAGGUGCUGGAGUAUCUGAAGAAUGGCAACAUGCUUACGAUUCCGACCGGUGUGAAGCCCCAGCUCGAGGGUCUCAUGAAGGCGUGCUGGAACCAGGACUACAAGAAGCGUCCAAACGCCUCGGAGGUGUCGGAGUUCAUCUCGAACUAUCCGCGAUUGCUUAACCCCUGUCUGGACGUGCCACUCGCUUCUGUGGAGAUGGUGGACACGGAUAGUGACCAGUUCGAGCUGUUGCCAGGACUUCGCAAGUACAAGGAUGACUCACAACCGACUGCCGAUCUGCUCGUCGGUACGCAACCGAUGAACGAUCUAAACAACGGGUAUAAUAACGUCAGUAUCAUGUCGACCGGAGGUGCCCAGCGCAGGCAGCGCGCGAUCAACCUGAACGAUCUGAACGUAGCGACCGAUUUUACCACCGUCAAUCCGAUGCCCCCGUUGGAAGAUUUCGAGGACGAACCUUCGGCGAGACGGCAGCUCUCGGUCGGUUCGACCCAGCAACAACGGCAGACCACGUCGGCCAACCAUCUGAACGUGUACAACCCGAUCGAACCACUGUUGCAGCGGGACACGGAGGUUACCAAGAGCAACAACAGUCUGCUGCGUUACGUGCCUAUGUUUGGCUUUGGCAAGAGCAAAACGGUAACGAUCGGUGGUACAACGAUCGUAACGGGUAGCGCGGGUAGAACCGUUGCACCUACUGCCGCACUCCACUGUACCACCUCCCUGGGGGCGAUGGGUAGCACUAGCGGGGGUGGUGAUGCAGGUGGUGGUACCAGUUCUCCCCAGUCGCCUACCGGUUCGGUGCUCGGCAUGAGCGGUGGAACCAUGAUCGUAAACACACGCAGCACUAGCACGACCAUUUUAUAG